AUGCUUAUCCAUGGGAUCCUCGAAUUUUUCCCGAACCUUCACAUAGUGUCGAUUGUGUCCGAUUCUUUACAAAUCGACGAGCGCCCUGGCGGCUGGGUUCUUGGCUCUAUGAGCUUUCCCUAUAUGCAGUACACCAUGGAUGAAGUUCGUGAUGACAAGAGUAUUCUCUACUCGGAGGCCGAUGUGAUCGGUGAUUUCAACGUCUCGGUGGCCCAAGGGUGGGUACACGAUAACGACGUGCUCGGCACGCGAUUGUACGUGGAUCCGCAUGCUCUGGCCGAAGGCAAGGUGGACUUCGCGGGAGACCUUUGGGGUUUUGCGCUUACUGUAUUGGGGCUGAUAACGAGGAGGCAAUUUCGCUUCGAGAUGGGCACAAUUGAGCGACUGAAGGCUUACCGACGCGGUGUAUGGAAGAUCCCCGCACUCUGGGGGCAGAGCUUCCUCAUCGACUUCCUUCGCAUGUGUUCUGCGACUCCAACUUUACGCAUGAAUUCAAAGGAGAUGCUCGAGCUAUUGAUUCGGGAGACAAUCAUGGAUCCGAGCCUCUUCAAGCCCGCGUUUCAAAUCGACAUCAUCGCAACCGACGAGCUCCAGCUUCCGAUCGGACUUGAUUGCAUCGAAAUUCGCGAUUCGGACACGUACAGCGUCUUUGUAGGUGCGAACGAAAACGCAUACAAUGAUGCUGUCGAAUGCCAACUUCGAACGGACGCAUUUACGGGGGAGGUGGGAGAGGCUGACUGGCUCAACUUGGGCUCCGAAAAUUGUUCUGCCGGCGGUCACGAUCCGGCACCAUGUUCGACCGAUCUGAGCGAUGGUUUUGACCGUGAAUCUCGGCGGGCCCUAGCGACAGAUACGCAAGAUCACAAUGUCGCUAACAAAGAGGAAGCCAUUACAGACAGGUCCGUGAAGUCUAGUUGUCGUACUGACGCCUCUAGCAAGGUGUCUGAUGCUCGUUUACCCCUUUUCGGUGACGCAAUUUUCCCGACGACGUCUCGAGCGCUACCAAAAGAAUCCAGCGUGGAAAGCAAUGUUUCAGAACCAAUUGGAAAGCCAACAGAUGCGUUGGCAAACACCACUCAGAGUACGACAGAAUUCCCCGUAGAGUUUUUGCGUUGGCUCUUCGGGCGAUUAAACAUCUUUAUCCAGGAGGUGGAAAAUUGCUCCCGCGACCUGCACGCGCCGAAGAAAAGUGUCGCCGACACGCUAUUCGCUUUGGUCGAAAAUUCCGACCGCUACUCGAAUUUCGGAGAAAUCCUUGUGGAAUGGAUGGAGGAUUCAUUGAAAGUCGCAUACGAAUUAAAAGGGGAACCUUACGUGGGCUCGGAAGGGCAGCAGUACUUUGAGUCUGCCAAAGAAAUCUUUUCGCUAUUUCGACUGGGACCAGGAAAUUCCACGCUGGACAGCAUGCAGUUGAAUCCCAUGGCCAGAGGAUUGAAGGAAUCGGAAAAACGGACUCUUUCUUCGAGCGAGCAGGGCAACUGGUCGAAUGACGAAACAGACCUUAGUGACGCCGAAAAAGGCGUGCAACAUGCGAGCCAAAUGAAUAAUGCUCCUGAUGGAAUCUUUGGGCCGGUGAUGAGCUUUAUAAACUCGCGGGUGCACUCGUUGAAAACCCCUGCGAACGAUCCCGGGCGGUUAGAGUACGCCAAACAGGUUUUCGAUCUUAUGACCUCAAGACUGGAGCACGCAUUUCCUCUGGGAGAACAAGACGCAAUACCGAAUAGCGUAGGGAAUGUUUUACGCCAAUUAACUGCAGGAUCACCACCCAAGAAGCAAAUAGGUAAUAUGGAUGACAUGUUCUCGGUCUUGGAUGCACUCGUCGGCCAGAUAGCGAACAAUUGUGAAGCGCGGAAAUCUAGCUUCUCCGAAUCGGAGCAGCCCAGUACGUUGACGCUUGUGAGGACACAACAGGAGACAACCGCUAAUGGAGGACAAGAAUUCAACACGCCGUAUGCACAACCGAAGGGCACCUUAGACGAAUCAUUGGUGCGCUUUAUCCGAACGCUAGUCAUGCUUACCCAGCUGAAACAACCGAUGAACGAUAAGUCGGCCAUGUGCCCGGAUGCUAAAACGGUCAAUGCUGAAGCCGACAUGAUCCUUUCCGGUAAACAAAAGCCAUCGGAUAAUGGGAUUAUCGAUCUCUACAACCAGGCCGUAACAAGUUUCAAUCGUGAAUAUCAAACAAUCAACGAGCCUCAUUCAAAAUCUUGGGAAGAACUGGUGACAUUCAUGGCCAGACGGGCGCACUUCCUGAAAAAUUGGCUUGCCAAACUCGGAAAGCCAAAGCUAAUCUUCAGCGUGCUUAAAUCGUUGGUCACGGAAACAGUGAAAGUGUACUCCUCGGGUGACCUGACGGCAGAAGAAGAUGCCGCACUCAAAAUGCUACUCAAAGCUUUUGGCAGCAUGGAAAAGAUAUUAAAGCCCGGGAAGGAAAUGGGAAACAAGAAGCCGGAUGAGCGUACAUGGGAGGUCACAAUAUUCCGGAUGGUUAAACAGGCCGUGAUAUAUCAAUUUCGUUUGAACAAACUCGGAAUUCCGGCGCAUCAGGCCGUGAAUGCGCAGGAUGGGUGCUGCUGUGAGUCAUUGAUUGAUCAGGCGGUCAAGACGGUGGUAGAUCUGGCGAUCAUCUGUGGAGCUGACAAAUCAUUAGUUUCCGGGAUUGGAAAACCAGCGCAUUUG